CCUUGUUGUAUUUUCUAAAUACCCUACCCACCUUAAAAAUUAUUUUUGAUCUCCUUCCUAAAUGUUCGAUGGUUUAAAAAUAGAACCGAGAUGUUAACUUUAAGCACAAGUGUUGUUAAGAUAUCAGGACAAUUGACAACAUUAAGGAAAAUUACAGUAUUAGGAAGUAAUAAAAUUAUUCCUAAAGCUUUUAAUAAUUCCACUAAGCGCAACUUUAACUAUCAAAAUAAUGUUGACUACAAAACGAGGAAGAAUCCCUUUUGGCUCUAUUCGCUGUUAACGGGAGCAACCGCUUAUGUUACUUACAAAUUCUGGAUAAAUUACAACGUAAUUCCGUCAAUAGUUGCUGCUGAAGAAAUAUCACAACAAUCCAAUUCUGAUAGUGAUGUUGAAACAAAGAAAAAAAGAUACAGAAAGGAGAAAGUUGGCUUUAGAGAUCGUAAGAUCAUAGAGUAUGAAAAUCGAAUGAGGUCUUAUUCAACUCCUGAUAAAAUAUUUAGAUACUUUGCUACUGUAAAAUUGACUCAUGGGGAUCAUACAGAAAUUCUCAUGACACCUGAUGAUUUUUUACGAGCUAUUACUCCUGGCAUGAAGCAACCAGAUGGUUUGGGCUUAGAUCAGUACCGUAGAUAUGACCCAAAGAGCAUCACUCAACGUUUGAAUCUCGACCUAGAUGAAGAUUCAAUUUUCUACAAACUUGGAUCAUCAGGCCUCAUUACUUUCAGUGACUACAUCUUUUUGCUUACCGUGCUAUCAACAUCACGUCGCCAUUUCGAGAUCGCGUUUCGAAUGUUCGACCUGAACGGGGACGGAGAUGUGGACUGCGAGGAGUUCGAGAAGGUGGCCGCACUGAUCCGACAGCAGAGUAGCAUCGGUUCCAGGCACAGAGACCACGCUAAUACCGGAAACACUUUUAAGGGCAUAAACUCGGCUCUGACAACUUAUUUCUUCGGUUCUAAACUCGACGAAAAAUUGACUAUAGAAAAAUUCCUGGACUUCCAGCAUCAACUGCAAAAAGAGAUAUUGUCUCUUGAAUUCCAGAGGAAACAACCCGAUGAAGUUGGUCACAUCACCGAAGCGGAUUUCGCAGAGCUGCUACUGGCGUAUGCCGGGUACCCUGCUAAGAAGAAGGCUAGAAUGUUGAAACGCGUUAAAAAAACUUUCCGCGACCACGGCGUGGGCAUCACGAAGGACGACUACCUCAAGUUCUUCCACUUCCUGAACAACAUUAACGACGUCGACACGGCGCUGACGUUCUACCACAUCGCGGGCGCGUCCAUCGACCAGCCCACGCUGCGCCACGUGGCGCGAACGGUCGCGCACGUCGACCUCGACCCGCACGUCAUCAAUGUAGUCUUCACUAUUUUCGAUGAAAAUAUGGACGGACAGCUGAGCAACCGAGAAUUUGUGGCAGUGAUGAAGAACAGGCUGCUCCGAGGUCUGGAGAAACCGAAGGACACAGGUUUCGUAAAACUAAUGUAUUCGCUUAUAAAAUGCGCCAGAGAUACGAAACCAGCAAUCUUAGAUUUUUAAACCGACGAAACGAAAUUACGUAAAGAAACAAAAACCGUUAAUUUUACAUUAUAAAUAAAGGAUGAAAGGGGAUAUGAUACAAUUUGGUAUUUUUUCUUUGUACA